GGAAAUAUGAUUACAUUUUUUACAAAGAUCACAAAAAGACAUUUUUGUGUUUAUGUUAUUAGUUACUUGUAGUGAUUGAGCCCAUAAAGACUAAACAAACCAAGACUACAGACUAAAACAGAUCCACUAAAGCAGCGGGUGGAGUCGGUAGUCACUGGACUGUAUAUGUCAGCUACCACAGACAAUUUAAUUUCUUACAUGAAUAUUAGAUGAAUUAUGUGUCAUGUUGUGUUGCUAGCCAAUAGGCUGUGUGUUCAUCAUGGUUGGCUACUGGUUUCACUGGGAUGCGGGGGGCCUCUCAGGGCGGGGUGACUUUUCCACUGGAGGAGACAAUAGGCCAGUUGCAUCAAGCUGCCAAGCAUUAACACAUCAAUACCGGAAGUUGUCCAAGUUCGUUUAAAAAAAUAAAACAAUGGCAUUGGUUUUGUUCAAACCACACCUGCUCCUUAUUACCUUGAUCAAAUGGCUGUUAUUAAUAAUGUAUGAAAGGACAACAAACAUUAAAAGAACCUUAACUCAAGGCCUCCAACUCUCAAAUUUUCACAACAUUUUUCAAACCACUGUUUACGUGCUCCAGAAUGAGCUUUCAUGCUCAAGUAUAACAAACUGUGGAAACCCCUGUGGUAGAAACUAAGAGGGGUUCUCCAAAUCUAUGUGAAAGUUCCCCUCAAAAAUAAAACUGUAAUUGCUUACAUAAUGUACAGGACCAGGAACCAAAACAUGGAGACUAUUUUGGAAAAGGCUAAAUUGUUGCACUUGAUCCUGCUGGUUUGAAUAAGUAAAGAGCAUCUUUAGCUGCAAAUAAUUGAUUAAUGUUUGCGAAAUGCCAAACAUGGUCCAUUUCCAGCCUCUGAAAUGUGUUAUGCCUGGUAACUAAUCACAUCUGUCUGUCAUGAUAGUAAACUGAAUAUCUUUGGAAACAUGAUUAUGUCACUUUUGGCUCAGGGAAAUUGUAGUAGGUAUUUGCUUUUUUUUUUUACUAGGCCUAUUUUCUGCCAUUUUAUAGACAAAUAAUCUUCAGUUUGCUGUCCUAACAUGAGAAGUUAACAUUCAGCUAUUAAAAGCAGGGGUAUAUGUAACUGUAUAUGUGACAUGCAGCCGGUGCAUCACUAGUUUUCAAUAGCUUCACUAGUUCAAUAAUGAAAGCUUUUAAAAUGUAAGUACUGCUUACAGAGCACAGGUCAUCAAAUGCAACACAAUCCAAAAAGAUAAUCUUAUUUUGAAAUUAGUAACCGGAAGUACGGUUGUUGUGUUUCUGGCUCUAUGACGUUGUUCUCCAAAACCUGCAAAGGAAGGCGAAGUGGGUGCCGAGCAUCAUUCUGGAGAGGGUGUCGAAAUGUUUUCUCCGUCUGCCUUUCUGGAGGAAUAUUAGCCGCACUGCCACCAUGCCGUAGACAACCCGCCGGGCGGUUUGAUGAAGCCUAACGGGGACUGCAGCAGGGAGGAAGCGGGGUGGCUGUAACCGAGGGAGGGAGGAUGUACUGGGCUGCUGGCUUCGCCUCUUCCCGGCCGUGUGUGGUUGAACUCGGGCGGAAUCACAGCCUGCCCCUCGGGCUGUGCGCCACCGAGCAGCAGCAGUCUUUGUAUGGCUAUAUCAUCACCUUCCCUCUACAGGACUACGGAGGCAUCAUGUCGGUUCUGGGCUCGGACUCCUGGUGGAAGAAGACCCUGUACAUCACUGGGGGGGCCCUGCUGGCUGCUGCAGCCUACCUACUGCAUGAGCUACUCGCCAUCAGGAAGGAGCAGGAGCUGGACUCUAAAGACGCCAUCAUCCUCCACCAGUUCUCCAGGCCAAAGAAUGGUGUGCCCAGCCUCUCACCUUUCUGCCUGAAAAUAGAGACGUACCUGCGCAUGGUGGAUCUGCCCUACCAGAACUACUUUGAUGGGAAGUUGUCGCCGCAGGGUAAGAUGCCCUGGCUCGAGUACAACCACGAGCAGGCUUCGGGGUCAGAGUUCAUCGUGGACUUCUUGGAGGAGAAGCUGGGUGUCAACCUCAACAGGAACCUCACCCCGCAGGAGCGAGCCGUGUCCCGAGCCGUCACCAAAAUGGUCGAAGAACACCUCUACUGGACGAUAGCUUACUGUCAGUGGGUGGACAACUUGGAGGAAACCCAGAAGCUUCUCGCGAUGAGCGGCCCGCUGAGCGACACACUGAAGUGGCUGCUGAGCCACCUGAACGGCAGCAUGGUGCGCAGAGAGAUGUACGGCCACGGCAUCGGACGCUUCUCCAAGGAGGAGGUCUACGCCCUGAUGGAGAAGGACAUGAGAACACUGGCCACACUGCUGGGAGAUAAGAAAUACUUUAUGGGCUCUAAGAUGUCAACAUUAGAUGCUACAGUGUUUGGGCAUCUAGCGCAGGCUAUGUGGACUCUACCUGGGACACGACUAGAACAACUUAUCAAAGGAGAGCUGAUCAACCUGGCCAUGUUCUGCGAGCGAAUGCGAAGGAGGUUCUGGCCCGAGUGGUUUGUGGAGGUGGAGGAUCUUUACUACGAUGGAGACAGUGAGAGCAGCAGCGGCGUGUCGCCUACAGGCCUGCUGGACUUUGGCCUCUUCUCCAGGACUGACACUCUGGACGACAGCGACGCCAGCAGCCACUCAGCGGGACACACUCACUCACACUCCCCCGACUCCGACCACUCGCUCUUUGACUCGGAUGUGGGCACGGGGUCUGACAAUGACAUUCAGCUUAAGGAGGAGUUAAUGCCGGACCUGGAGGUUUGACCUGAGAAAGGCCGUGAUUGGCUGACAGAUGGAGACUGACCGGAGGCUGGAACAAUCAGUUUUGUUUAAUAAACCUGGUUGGAAGAGCCUGUCCAGACAACAGCUCUCACAGCUGAAGAGACUAUUCCAGCUCCUCCACCUCCAAUACCCAACAUGUUACAACUCCCUGAUGGACAAACUGGGUAUUUAUAUGCAGAGCAUACAGACUUAACCUCAUAAUGCACAUGCUACUGUACUGUUUGUCCCCUCCCGUAACAUCAGAACGGCCCCUGUGGCAGUUUCUCUUUGCCUUAUUUGUCUCGUCCUAAGAUGUGGAAGCUGGUGAGAAAGGUUAACGCAAAGGAACCGUCUCAUGAAAAGUGCGGCAACGACAGAGGAGUGUUGUAGACACGACAAGUGGCACUUCACUUGCUAUGAAAUGACGCAACUAAUCACCACUCUGCCAUGUGUCUUAACGCACAAACCUUUUCAGACAGGUGGAGAUUGAUCAUGUGGCUAAAAGGAACAGCUGCUGUGUCCCAGCCAUUAACCCUCUAUGUGCUGGAGUGGAAACACAGUUGAUACUGAGUGCCAGUUCGCGCCGUAGAUUUGUCCUCACGUCAUCUCCUCUAUCUAUGCUACCGUAUGUGGGAAGAAUCUGUAUCAAAAAAAUGAUGUGUCUCCACCAGACCACAAGCCCAGGUCCACUUGUCGGCCGACUGAAUAUGAGUCAGGAGGAAAGAUGAGCAGACUUGUGCCUGUUUCAUUUACUGGUCAUCAUCCUUAUUUCUCUCCGUUAAUUAAUUAUUUGUUUGCACCUUGUUAUUGGUGAGCUUGGAGCUUUUGGUAAUUCACUUCAUGAUCCUUUAGAUCUUAUUGAAGAGCUGUAGUUUUUAUAUUUCACCACUAGAUGGAGGCAGCAGUCAGUUUGAUAUCUCCUUCAUUCUGUAACAUCAAGGUCAUUCCACCCUGAGGACCUGCAGUGGAUUUAACACAGCAAAUUAUUUCUCCCUCACUCCUAAACUUUAGUGUCCUGGUUCCCAUUCAUAGGUAACCUAUCUCUGUGUGUGUGUAUGUGUGAAUGCAUGUAUAUUUUGCAUGCAUACUGUGACUGAGCACAGCAACAGAUCAGCCUUAGUGCUCAGAGUCAAGGGUGAAAAUACUCUGCAACAGCUUUUGUUGGAAUAUAAUUUAUUAUCAGUGCCACUUGAUUAUUAUUCUUUCUAUAUGAACAUAUGUGUCAAAUAUAUAUUUUUUGUUAAUCCUUGCUUGUUUAUUUCUCUCAAAGAGAAAUGUUAUUUUGCACUAGUGGAAAUGUAUUUUCACCUUAUUUCAAUGGGAACAGUCUGCUGGGUGGAGGUAGACAACAGAAUAGGCCAAAUGAAUGGGAAACAUAAGUGUGUGUAUCAGUAGUGCAGGACGCUGAGUGUUCUGAUCAUAAUUGUGCUGUGAGGGGACAGUGCUGCUUAUGUUGGCUGUGUGUCCGAAUGUUACUCUGUGUGAAUGUCAUCAGUGAAGCAGUUGAUGGGAAAAGUCUUCUCAAAGACGCAUGAUACCAAAUCAAACAGGACUGAACAUCACUGAGUGAAAAACCCUGAGUAAAAAAUGGACCAAAAUGUGUCAGGAAGUGUUCACUUUUUUGUCUGUCAUGUUAAGCUUGGUGGAAACGCUUGUAAUGGCAAUACAGUACCUAUGAUGGCUGUAAAAAAAGAUUGUGGUGCAUAUAGAGUAGAUGUGACUUAAGUUAAAGGAUUUGUUCACCCAAAUUACAAAACAUAGUUUCUCACGUACCUGUAGUGAUAUUGAGUCAUGGAGAUAGUUUUAGUUUUAUUUUUCAAGGUUUUGCCUUCAACCCAAUGCAAUAGAGGUGAAUGGGAUUUCAUUUGUGGUGCUCACAGCAUUGAAUAUUGACAUGGAAAAAUUCAAAUUCAACAUGCAAACAUCUCUUGAAUGCCUGUUACUCUGGAUAAUACUCAACAUCUUGUCAUGAGCUUCCAUAGGGAGUAUUUCAUCAGAAAGGAGUUCAGAUGGAGACCGUUUAGAGUAAGGCUGUCAUAAAGAAGUACGUGUAAAUGAUUCAAAUGACUUUGAAUGCAACACAUGUAGUCUAAUCCCAACCUAUCUGGUAACACUUCAUUUGCAGUGCCUCCGCUGCCUCACUUGAGUGGCAAGCUGACACUGUAAGGCAGUUGCUUUUUUUUUAUAAAGGCAGCAAACAGCCAUACCUUUAUCCAUAAUCUUUCUAUCUAUGCUAUCACAUCCAAAAAUGCUUCCACACAUUAUUUCCCAGGUGGUUUGGUGUUAUCAUUAUCCAUUUGACACAGCUCCCCAGUGUACCUGCUCAUAUACUGUUAUUAUUGAGCAUGGAAGUUUAUUUUUGACUGUGACAGACAUUUGAAUUUGUUUUGAAAAGUUAGUGAUUCAAGCUGAGAUAUGUGACAGCCCUGGUUCCCACUGAGGUCUGUACAUGAUUUAGACUAACAGGGACAUUGUUUUGGUAAAGGGAUGUUUCUGUUGAAUUAUUUAAAGCUGCUACAAUCACAAUUUGUACAGUAACAAAUGGACCAAAUGACGUAUGCGUAAUGUAUCACCAACUCCGCUGUGUUAGCCUUAGCUCUAUGAAGCAUUUUACCAUCUUUUACCUCUUUGUCUUCCUGUUUUGGUUUGCUCUCAUCAGCAUUGUUUACAGACGUAGCAGGCAGCUGUCUCCAUUGAAAAAGCUCUGAUAAACCCACCGUUCACCAAACAGCAGACAGACAAGUUAGCGUCUAGCCGGUGAACGUGGUGGAGCCUUUAGCAGCGAAAGAGCCCCAUUUUUCCCUCAGGAGUCGGUAGAGAGCAAAACACUGAUAGAAAAAAAAAAAAAAAGUGAACACUGGUGUGAUAUUCAACAGGUGGAUACAAACAUGACUUCAGAUGCAUGCUAAUGUUGCUCACCAUAUCAACGUCAAAGGUGAUAAUAUGUCAGUGCUGUGUUUACAAAAAAAUCAGUUAAUGCAGUUUUAAAUAUUAGCUUUUUUUUAAUGCUUUGAGUAUCACAAACAAAAUUGUAUUAACUUCCAUUACAUUGGGGUGGAGACAGAAGUCUUAUAAUCUCAUAAACCCAAAACUGUUUGCAUGGUUAUGUACCACUUGCAGUGACUGAGAGGAACUUUUCAGAGUGUGGGUGAAUAGAUCCUUUAAAAUGAAAAGCCUAAGUAGGUGGAAAAACCGGAGUUUGACCCAGGGACUGAGAAUCUAGAAACAACCUUUCUUCCAUCAUGUCGUCCUGUGGUCUGCGUCCCGACCUGCCCUGACCUGGGUCGUGUGCUCUUCAGUUGCCUCACCCAGUCUGGGCGUCAUAUACAGUUGGACUGCUUUAUUCAAGCCAUAUUAAAACUAGAAGUCUUGUUAUUGGAAACAUGUCAUAGCAUUACUGCUGCGGUAAUGUAAAUAUUGUAUGUGUGACAAAGUAUACCAUACUGUAUGUAGAGCUGACUGACUGAUCAAACUACCUAUGGGUGUGCAGUCAUAAAAACUGAGACUGGAUGAUUUCAAUAAAGAAUAGCUGUGACAAUUUUAAA